CUGGAUAAGGGCCCCAAGUUGGAAGAGGUGGCCCUGGCGGUUGGGCCCAAUGUACCCCUUUGUCCCGCUCCCUGGGCUCACUCUCCCCUCAAAUCCUCACCUCCAUCCUUCUUUCUGAGAGUGAGAUCCCCUUUCAGAAAACUCUGACCUCCUGCCCAAACCCACAACUCUGUAAAACCUGCAUGAACGUCCCCUCCCUGCCCCCUUCCAGCUGUGCCUGCCCCUCACGCCCUACCGGCACACAGAUUCUCUGUCCACCAGGCCAGGGAUGUGGGCGGGGGCUGGGGAGGGGCCAGAGUCGAAAUGAAAGGGCCUUUUUCUUCCACAGCUGGGAGAACAGCUGCCACCAAAGCAAGACUGGACACUCUGUGCCCAGAACCCCCUCUGCAGCUGGCCUCCCUUCUUGGGACCCUGCUCAUUCUCAUCUCGCUUUCUUUCCCAUGCCUGGCUCCCACCAGGGCUCUGGAACAGUGGUAGGCGAGGGAAGUUUGUCACAGGAGCCAGAGGGGUCUAACAGGAGUGCAGAGGGACAGGGGCAGCCUCUGCCCUCUGCCCACCUCUUUCAAGACCAGGGGAGCAGCGGGAGGAGGAAUUGUGGAGCAGCGCGGUGCCUGCCCAGCACCCCCCCUCUGGAGGGGUCCACAAGGGAAGGGGCAGUGGGGGCACAAAGAUGCAGGACAGAUUGCACAUCCUGGAGGACCUGAAUAUGCUCUACAUUCGACAGAUGGCACUCAGCCUGGAGGACACAGAGUUGCAGAGAAAACUAGACCACGAGAUCCGGAUGAGGGAAGGGGCCUGCAAGCUGCUGGCGGCCUGCUCCCAGCGAGAGCAGGCUUUGGAGGCCACCAAGAGCCUGCUGGUGUGCAACAGCCGCAUCCUCAGCUACAUGGGUGAGCUGCAGCGGCGGAAGGAGGCACAGGUGCUGGAGAAGACAGGCCGGAGGCCUUCUGACAGCGGGCCGCCUACUGAGCGCUCCCCCUGCCGUGGCCGGGUCUGCAUCUCUGACCUCCGGAUUCCACUCAUGUGGAAGGACACAGAAUAUUUCAAGAACAAAGGCGACCUGCACCGCUGGGCUGUGUUCCUGCUGCUGCAGCUAGGGGAACACAUUCAGGACACAGAGAUGAUCCUGGUGGACAGGACCCUCACAGACAUCUCCUUUCAGAGCAACGUGCUCUUCACCGAGGCAGGGCCAGACUUUGAACUGCGACUGGAACUGUAUGGGGCCUGCAUGGAAGAGGAGGGGGCCCUGGCUGGAGCCCCCAAGAGGCUUGCCACCAAGCUCAGCAGCUCCCUAGGCCGCUCUUCAGGGAGGCGUGUCCGCGCAUCGAUGGAGAGUGCUGGGGGUUCGGGGAGCAGUCCCAUUUUGCUUCCGACCCCAGCUGUGGGUGGUCCUCGUUACCACCUCUUGGCUCACACCACGCUCACCCUGGCAGCAGUGCAAGACGGGUUCCGCACUCAUGACCUCGCCCUUGCCAGCCACGAGGAGAACCCCGCCUGGCUUCCCCUUUAUGGUAGCGUGUGUUGCCGCCUGGUGGCUCAGCCUCUCUGCAUGACUCAGCCUACAGCAAGUGGUACCCUCAGGGUGCAGCAAGCUGGGGAGCUGCAGGACUGGGCACGAGUGCAUGGAGUCCUGAAAGGCACAAAUCUCUUCUGUUACCGGCAACCUGAAGAUGCAGACACUGGGGAAGAGCCGUUGUUUACUAUUGCCAUCAACAAGGAGACUCGAGUCCGGGCAGGGGAGCUGGACCAGGCUGUGGGCCGGCCCUUCACCCUGAGCAUCAGUAAUCGGUAUGGGGAGGACGAGGUGACACACACCCUUCAGACAGAGAGUCGAGGAGCCCUGCACAGCUGGAUGGAGGCUCUGUGGCAGCUUUUCUUUGACAUGAGCCAGUGGAAGCAGUGCUGUGAUGAAAUCAUGAAAAUUGAAACCCCCACUUCCCGGAAACCACCCCAAGUACUGGCCAAGCAGGGGUCCUUAUACCAUGAGAUGGCUAUUGAGCCGCUGGAUGACAUCGCAGCGGUGACAGACAUCCUGGCCCAGCAGGAGGGCGCAAGGCUGGAGACACCCCCACCCUGGCUAGCAAUGUUUACAGAACAGCCUGCCCUGCCUAGCCCCUGUUCACCUGCCUCAGGGGCCCCCGCCCCAGCUCGGACCCACCCCAUGCCCUGGGGGCGACCCCGAACAUUCUCCCUGGAUGCUGUCCCCCCAGACCACUCCCCUGGGGCUUCCCGCUCGGUUGCCCCUCUCCCCCAGCAGCCAUCCCCACGGUCCAGAGGCCUCUUCAGCAAAGGCCCACCCCACACUUGGCUCCAGUCACCAGUGUGAGAGAGAAAGGUGCUGGCAACAGGAUCUGGCCAGAGGAAGAGAAGACCUAUGUGCAGUUGGCUCAGGAUGUGGCACUGUCAGUAGCAGGUUGGCCAGCUUGGCCUCCCCUUCCUCUGCUGAACUGGGGGUAGGCUGGGAAGGAGCUGCAGAAGUCCCUCUUAAACUGUGGUUGCCAACAUGUUGAGGGGCUCAUUCCUGGAACUGGCUGGUAUCCCCUAAUCCCUUCCUGGGAGAAAACUGGAACCAACCCUGCCCUACCUCCCUGCACUAACCAGCUUUGAGGAUGGCACUGAAGAGCCUUGGGAGGGAGUGCACCUCCCUCAUGACUCUCACAUCGACCAUUAAAGUUAUUUAACGGCG